AUGAAGGCGGCGAAUCUCUGCUCGUGCCUCCGUCGGAGGAACCGUCGGCCGGAAGAGCGCGAGUGGCGAGUGACGCUUAACGGCCCGCAAGUCCUGCCUGCAUGCGGCAACCGCGUCGUCACCUCCAAGUACACAGUCUGGAACUUCCCGUUCAAGAAUUUCUGGGAGCAACUUCACCGGAUAUCCAACAUCUAUUUCUUCUUCAUUGGCUUUCUGCAAUGCAUCCCUCAGAUUUCCGGCACAGGCGGCCUGCCGACGAUCAGUUUGCCCCUGUCGGUGGUUCUCAUCUGCAACGCCGUCAAAGACGCGGUCGAGGACUACCGCCGACACCAAGCUGAUGACCACGAAAACGGCCAGCUCUGUCUCCUCGCCACUCGCGCGCCGGCCCCGUCUUCCUCGUCGGCUCUCGUGUCUCUCCUGACGCGCGUUUUCCACUUCCUGUGUCCCCGAAGGCGAGGACGCACUGCUCCCUCUUCUUCUUCUCCUCCUUCUCCGUCUGGUUCUUUGUCGUCGUCUGCGCCGAUCGCGGCUCACCCCUGGGCGUCUGUGGAGAUUGGGGACAUCGUGGUGUGUUUCCGAAACGCGUUUUUCCCUGCGGAUCUUCUGCUUCUGGCCUCGUCGGACUCGCACGGCGUCGCGUUUGUGGAAACAGCGGGUCUGGACGGCGAGGGGAAUUUGAAGGUGAAGCAGAUGCAGAAAGACUUGGCGCUGUGGGUCGGCCACCGGCCGCGUGCGCGCGCCUCGAGGACCGCGCCCAGUCCUCCCGCGUGUCCGCGCGCGUCGACGGCGCCCCAUGCGGCGCUGUACGCCGCGCUCCGCCGGCUUGCUACCUUUUCGGGUUCGCUCACCUGCGACUGGCCCAACAGAGAUCUGCUGCGUUACGACGGAACCCUCACCGUGGCCAGACGCCGCCCACGGACGGGGGAGGAGACGGCGAGCGGACACGCUGAGGACACCCAAACGCGCGGCGCUGCAGCGGGAGAAAGCGACAAAGAAACGCGCGCAGUGAAAACCGAGGAAAUGCAAGUCCCCGUGAACAUCCACAACAUGCUCUUGAGGGGAUGCAGACUUCGAAGCACAGACUGGAUCAUCGGACUCGCCGUCUACACUGGCGAACACACCAAAAUUCAACUGAAUUCCGGUCCGCCUCGAGCGAAGCGCUCUCGCGUGGAAAUGUUGACCGGCCGGGCCAUCCUCGGCAUCGCCUUGCUUCAACUCAUCACGUGCAGCGCUACCGCGCUUGCCAGCACUUUUCUCUGGUACUCGCCGUCGUCGCCCUGGAAGCGCGUGUCUUACUUGCACAAUCCAGAAGACCAGAAACUCUCUCCCGUCGUCUACUGGAUCACCCAAGUCCUGACGUGUGUGGUCUUGACCGCCAAUUUGAUUCCCAUCUCGCUCAUUCUGCAAACGACGAUGGUCAAAGCGAUUCAGGCGUCGAUGAUCAACAGCACGCGUGUCGGGGCUCUAGAUCCUGGCCCCGUCGGUCUCUCCCCAGCCAGGCGUUCGCUCGCGGAGCGCCCCGCGCGAAGCGCACAGGCACGCCGAGCUUCCCUCCGACCCGGAAAGCCGCCGGGGGGAGGCGAUGGAGGAAAGCGAGAAGAGAAGGCGGAGGCGCGGCAAACAGCUGCGGCGCAGAAGGAUGGUGGAGAGAAAGGAGAUCAAGGCGGUGGCAAAGAAGAGGCGACGGCCAAGAGAGAGGGAGCGCGAGAGCCUGGAGAAACCGGCAAGGUCGCGUCUGCAAGGUUUUCUUUGCCGUUUUGGAUCGGAGCAUCCUCCGUGUUGAAGAACGCAAAGCCGAAGAAAGCCAAACAAGACCGCGCCACAUUUGUGAAUGCGUUCUCGUCUCUGGCGGAUGCUGAGCGGGAAGAAAAGUUGGCAGGAGCCCUCCCAACGCAGCGCAGCCAGGAGGGGACUGCUGUCUCCUCUCACGCUCUCGGGCCUUCCCCCUCGGGAGGCAAGAGUCGAGGCGCCGCCGCGAGCAACGGCAGAGCGACGGAAGAGAGCGAGAUCGCAUGCACGGGGGCGGAGAGAGACACGCAAGAGAAUCACGCGCAGCCGGGGAAGCCGCCGAGACAGUUCCGUGUGAACUUGCGAGGGCGCCGGACGGAGGGGAUCGGCGGGAGAGGAGCGGCGGCUGGCGAGGAAAGUUCUGUUCAGAAGAACGCAGGCGAGGCCGAGCAGGCGCGGGAGAGAAGCGGGGAGACACUCGGGCUCGGCGAAGAAGUGAGUGAAUUUGACGCGGAGGAAGAGGAAGCAAAGGCUGAGGAGAUUGUGGCACGAACUUCCGACCUCAAUGAAGAACUCGGCCAGGUCAGCUACGUCUUCGCCGACAAGACCGGGACGCUGACGGAGAACGUCAUGGAGUUCCGCAAGUGCUGCAUCCAAGGCAUUCGCUAUGGCGACGAGGUGGACGACGAGCGACUCCGACAAGCAGCCGCGGGGUGGCUUUCUGGCGGCAGAGACAACGCUCCCCUUCCGCCAGAGCGGCGGGCACCCCAUGUGCAUGUGGCCGAUCCGACGCUGCGCGCCGCGCUUUCGGACCCUCACCACCCGAUGCACUGCCACAUCGUCGACUUUUUUCUUCACCUCGCAGUCAACCACUCCGCCCUCGCGGAACACGACGAAGAAACAGGACAUCUAUGUUGGUCGCGUCCUCUCUGGGCAUCUCUCGCUCGCGGUUUCCUUGAGCGGGCCUUUCGUCCCUGUCUGGUGUGCUCAGUUCUUCUCACGAAGGGCGCAGAUAUGGUGAUUCUUCCUCGCCUUCGCCAGUCUGAAAAACCACGAAGUCAGGAAGAAGAAAGCAGAAAAGAGGAAGGAAGAGAGCACACGGACUUGGGUUUUGCCGUGGCCACGCCUGCGCAGAAAGAGACUGCGAAGGGAGAGAAGCAAGAGGACAUUGACGAAGAACGCGAGGCAAGACGAAGAGCGAUGGAACGCGCGCUCGAGGCGUACGCAGGCGAGGGCUUGAGGACGCUGUGUGUCGCAAAGAGGACCAUCGGCCAGGAAGAAUUCUCCAGUUGGUAUGAAGAAUACCUGAAGCUGCAAACCUCCCGUACCAAGGACAAAGAAGAGCGGCUCUACCAACUGGCAGACAGACUGGAAUAUGACCUCGAGUUGCAGGGUGUGACGGGAGUUGAGGAUCGCCUGCAGGAGGACGUGGCGGUGACGAUCGAGAAACUGCGCCAGGCUGGGAUCCACGUGUGGAUGCUGAGCGGGGACAAGACGGAGACAGCGCUGAAUGUGGGGUUGGCGACCUUUUUGGUGUCCCGAGACAUGCGCCUGUCGCGGUAUCUGUGGAACGGGCGGGAGCGGAACGAGGAGGCACUCGAGGACCAGUUGCGCGCGGAUCUCCGCGCCCUCGACGCGUCGUUGACAGAGCGCCCCUCUGCGGGGUUUGCUUACUGGUCGAGGAGGCAAGCGCGGAGCCUCAGCCGUCGCCUCGGAAGCGAAGUGAGGCGUUCGCCAGACUCGGGCCUGAACGAGGGCGACGCAGCCUCGGGCGGUGUCCCAGCUCCGCCGGAUGCUGUCAUUGUCGACGGCGAAGCGCUCAAGUUUCUCUUUGCUACUUCCGAAAGGCAGCUGGCCUUCAUUCGACUCUGUUGCGCCUGUCGCUCCGUCAUCUGUUGUCGCCUGGCCCCCCACCAGAAGGGCGCCGUCGUAGACCUCGUGAAGACGACGACGCAGAAGGUGACCCUCGCCAUCGGCGACGGCUCGAACGACUGCAACAUGAUCCUUCAGGCCCAGAUCGGAGUCGGCAUUCGCGGCAACGAAGGCAGCCAGGCCUUCAAUUGCUCGGACUUUGGCGUCACGCAGUUUCGUCUGCUUCUUCCUCUUCUCCUCGUCCACGGUCGCUGGUGCUACCGCAGAGUGACGACUGUCAUCCUUUACAUCAUCUACAAGAACUUCCUUCUCGUCUUGCCGCUCGUCUACUUCGGCUUCCUCUGUCUCUUCUCUGGACAACGGUUCUACCCCGAAACCCUCGCCCAGACCUACAAUCCAGUUUUGACGGCGCUGCCCAUAACGCUGUAUGGAGUCUUAGAGCAGGACGUCGACAAGCAUGCAUCGCUGAAGUUUCCGCAGCUGUAUCGCCUUGGACAAAAGGACUUUCUGCUGAAUCUUCGAACAUGUUUCUCCUGGAUUUUUCUGGGGGCCGUGCAUGCCGGCAUCAUCUUCGUUGUUGCGCUCUACUCGUUCGGCUACUACAUCAUCCCCGGCACCAACGGCAAGCCCUUCGACAUGUGGAUGGUAGGGACCGUGAUGAUGAUGGCGAAUUGCCUGGUGGCAAACUUGGCAAUUCUUUUCUACAGCUUCAGCGUCUCGUCCGCCUCUUGGCUUGGCGUGUCCUUCUCGCUCUUUUCUUGCCUCGUUCUCUUCUUCGCGAGCUCGACAGCGACCGCGGCGGACAUCUCCACGGGUGCGAUCUUUCUCCUCUUUGAGUCGUUUCCUGCCGUUUUCCUCUACGCGCUGGUGGUCUGCUCGCUCGCCCUCGGUCUCCUCUGGUGCGGGCGGACCUUCCGACUGGCGUUCCGGCCGGAGCUUUUCGACGUGAUUCAGAGGCACGAGUACCUCGGGCUGCCGAUUCUCUCGGCGGCCGAACGGAGACACUUGCGCCUUUUGCAGGAGGCGACGGAGAGCAAGAAACAGGCGACGGCGGGGCGCGGCGCGCAAGCAGAUGGCGACGAGCCGCCAUCCCCAGACGAAGGGUCGGAGAACAUUCCAGAUGCGAGGAAAAAGACACACGCAGAGAAGAGCGAAGAACCCGCACGAGGCCGACUCCGGUGUCUGUGGAGAUCGUUCGGACGCGGAAGCAGGAUGAACCUGCAGAUUUUCCCCCGUUUCCUGGUUUCGGUUGCCUCAAAAAACCCAGCUAAGCACUAG